AUGCAGAAGGCGCAAGAAGAAGAAUGUGUUCCAUCGAGUCCAGUAAGGACACCAGUCGAUUCACCAGCUAACUACAUCAAGUCACUUGAAAGUCACAUUGCAUGCCUAGAACAGUAUGUUGCCGAGCUAGAAGAAGUAGCGUGCAUAUCCAAUCCAGAAGUUGUCAAGGACCACUUGUCGAUGCAGAGAAGUCCCAUUCUAUCAGGAUUAAGACGAGGUGGAGAUCAAAGUCCUCUACAUUCAGCCUGUCUCCCAUAUACCAGCUUGUCGGGGUCACUUGUUCGUGCCAAUCAAACGGGUCUUUCCAGUAGCGACGAUAGUACUCAGCACCUGGGCAACGAUUAUGGUUUGAGUCUUCCAGGUGAAGAUUCAAACAGCCUGGGAUAUCUAUCUCCCUUCGAACUUGGGUUUGGUUCUUGCUUUGGAUUUGGAGCGCAAGUAUCGACACAAUUGUCGAAUGCAGAGACCACACGAAGUCUCUCUCGGUUCUAUGAAAGGCUGUACUUCACAAAUGUCCAAUCAUCAUGGCCGUUCCUGCAAGAGAGUCGUUGGAAGGAGUGGGCAGAGCAUUAUGGGGAUGAAAUGCUUCUUCCAGGUGCAGAAGAUUGGCGAGGAUUCUUUGUAGACAUGGUGCGAUCUGUGGGUGCUCUGGUUGCACAGAAGUUUGAAAAAGGCUCGCAACAUAUCGAUAGAUCGAAGUCCUUCCAUGAACGAGCGAAGAAGUCGUUGCCACAAGCACUGAGUCAACCCUCGCCAAUACUACACACUCAGUCUUCACUGCUCCUUACUAUACACGCGAUGCACAGCGAAUCUGCAGACAACAUCGAUGAUUAUGCAUCGAACGCCAUGAUGUAUUGUGCCCUUUCUGGUCUAUAUCACGAUAAAGUCAGAAAGGGAGUUCGAAGAGACCAAGUGAGCAUCCAAGAUGACCGCUGCGAGAAUAUGGUUCGACGCCAAGUGAUGAGAGUCUGCUAUGGACUAGAUAGUUUGAUUGCCAUGGCUUUCGACAGACCGGUAUUUGUUGCAGAUGAACUAAUUGAUACUGAGUCGCUCUUGCAUUCAAGAGGUGACAAUAUUGUCUUUCAAGACGCGGCUGACUCCAGCCCCGAAACAAUGACUGGAGUUGCCGAAAGUGACCAUCGAUUCCAUCUACGUCAAAUCCAGUCAAAGAUCCACUCAACAGUAGAACGACUCGAGUAUCAUGCCCUGUGUCAAAACAAAGAAGUCACAAAUCUCUGGAACUCAGAAUUGAGACUUGAACUCGAUCAAUGGAAAGCAGAACUGGCACAUGUUCAAGAUCCCAUGUCCUCCUGUUCAACUCAGUGGCUCAGUAACCUUUAUUUUUACAAUGUCUUGGCACUUUUCCCAAAUAUGAACCUUGCUGCCAAUGGGGAUGCUUUAUGUCACGUUGUUUCUGCUAGCAGUGAGGUCUUGAGAAACUUCAGGUUCAUACAGAUCCCAGAUCAGAAGUCAUGCUACACCUGGACAGCUCUUGUCCAUCAGUUCCAAGCUGGAAUUUCACUUCUAUACUGCUUCUGGGCAGCACCAUAUCAUCUCGCCCACGAAGUCUACGGAUCACCCGAUGUUGAUGUAGCGCUCCUUGCAUGUUCUGCUACACUCGCAGAAUUUGCAUUGAGAUGGGAAAGUGCCAAACAUUUCAAAGCUGCGUUUGACUUGCUCAACGAUGCCGUGGUAAGGAAAGGCCGCAGGUCGUAUGAUUGUAGCUGGCAAUUCCACAACGAGCUAUAUCAGCUCAUUGGUGAGCUAAAGAAAGGUAGAGCUCAUCGUCGAGUGUUGAAGUUAAUCGAAGAGAUGAGUGGCGCUGUUGACUAG